AUGGAGGGCUGCACGGCGGCGGAUCGGGCGGAGGAACGGUGGAGGAGGACUGCCGGUGGCUCAGAUGGGCGAGGCGGCGGCGGCGAGGCCUCACGGUGGCCGGAGGUGACUGAAUCGCGGCCUGAGCUGGCCGAACAGCCCCCGGGAUGCACGAGCGAGGCCCACGGAGACGGCUGGGCGUCGGCCAAGCGCGGGCGAGCGCGGGCGGAUGGGCAGCGACGGCAAGCUUCGGCGAACGGGCGACGAGCGACGGCCAUGGCUGCAGCUUCUUCGACAAGCUCAGAUCUGAUGGGUCUUCGAGCAAGAACCCGAGAUGGAGGAGAGAGGGCGAUGGUGAGCGGACGCGCGGCUGUGCGCGCGAACGGCGGCGACAACGACGGCACCGGCGGCGAGCGACGAGCGGCGAAGGAGGCGGACGGCUCGUAUGUAAUAGCUGAAGGAAGAGGGCACAUCAUCAAAGAUCAUCCAGUUAUGGAGCCGCCUGAGAAGUCCUUCGUUCAGCAAGCGCAGCGCGAGAAUAAUGUUCAGAUGGAAGGUAAUAUCUCGACAUUGGUGAGCAAUGGAAGUGUUGACAUUCGUGGUCGAAUUGCCGACAAGCGGAAAACGGGAGGGUGGAAAGCUUCUCCUUUCAUUAUAGUGAACGAGGUGGCUGAGAGAUUAGCGUUUUACGCGAUUGCGGUGAACAUGGUGACGUACUUGGUUAAAGUAAUGCAUCAAUCAAUUCCGGUGGCUGCAACUCACGUCACAGAUUGGAUUGGGGCGGCCUUUGUUCUCACCCUCCUGGGCGCGUUCAUGGCUGAUGCUUACUUGGGCCGCUUCAAAACCAUCAUCAUCUUUUCCUCUAUUUAUGCAGUGGGAAUGUUCCUACUAACCCUAUCAGCCUCCAUAGAUGGCCUCCGACCGCCUCCAUGCAAGGCGGGGCUUUGCCAGGAGGCCUCCAACUCGCAGACCACAUUCCUCUACACUGCUCUUGCCCUGAUCGCCCUUGGGACGGGGGGUAUCAAGCCCUGCGUCUCCUCCUUCGGGGCCGACCAAUUUGAUGAAGCUGACAAUAAAGAAGUCAAGAAGAAGUAUGCCUUCUUCAACUGGUUCUUCUUCGCCAUCAACACGGGGGCCCUCGGGGGCAUCACGGUCUUGGUGUACUUGCAAGUGAAGAAAGGUUGGAUUUGGGGGUUCGGGGUUCCCACUGGGGCAAUGAUCAUAUCGAUCGCUGUCUUGUUGUGCGGCACCAAGUAUUACCGGUUUCAGAAGCCGAUGGGGAGUCCGUUCACGAGGUUCAUGCAGGUAAUGGUGGUCUCAGUGAGGAACCACUGGAGAGGGGUGAAGGUUGGACGGGAGACGUUGCUAUUCGAAGUGCAAACGGAGGAGUCUGACAUUACGGGAGCUCGCAAGCUAGCUCGCACCUCACAAUAUAGAUUCUGGGAUAAAGCCGCAGUGAUAACUGAUCCAGAAUCCAAUACCACCAACCGCUGGCGCCUCUGCACCGUGACGCAAGUCGAGGAAUUCAAGUCCUUCCUGAGAGUCCUCCCAGUGUGGGCAUCCACCAUCGCGCUCUCCAUCUCCUUUGCCCAGCUCUCCACCUUCUUCAUCAGCCAAGCAACCAUCAUGGACCGCCAGCUCGGCCCCAACUUCGAGGUCCCCACCGGCUCCGUCCCCGUCUUUGCCUCCAUCAAUGCCCUCUUCCUUGUCCCGCUCUAUGAGAAGCUGAUUGUGCCAGUCCUGCGCCGGCGCACUGGCCACUACCGUGGCAUCACGUCACUCCAGAGGAUGGGGGUCGGCCUCUUCCUCUCGAUUUUUGCAAUGGCCUCAGCCGCGCUGAUCGAGAAGAGGAGACGGGAACGCUCGCCCGCCCAGUUUAGCAUGAGCUUCUUCUGGCUCUUCCCUCAGUAUUUCCUCAUCGGUGGCGCCGAGGUGUUCACCUAUGUGGGCCAGCUCGAGUUCUUCUAUGACGAGGCGACAGACGGGACGCGGAGCAUCAGCAGCGCAGUCUUCCUGAGCGAGAUUGGAAUCGGGAGCUGGCUUAGCACCGUGAUCGUAAAGAUCGUUGGGGGCGUGACCGGAGGGACGGAGAAAGGGUGGCUGAGGAAUGAUCUGAACAAGAGCAAGCUGGAUUACUUCUAUUGGUUGUUGACGUCGAUCAAUUUGGUUAAUUUCUUGGUCUAUGUGGUGGUGGCUUGGAAGUACAAGGGCAAGAAUGUUGCUGGUGCCAGCGUGAGUGAUGCGAGUACGGUUAAAUUGGAUGGUCCUCGUCCUGAGAUUACACGAGGAUCAUCAUGA